AUGGCGGCGCAUACCGUGUCCGACGACGUGACGGUCCGUUUGACAGAAGACGUAUACCAAGAUCAAUUCGAAUGGGCCGCAUUGGUGAAUGAUGUGGCGGACUCCAUAGGCAGUGAGACCUCAGACAACACGGCAAAAGAUCUGGUGAAGCUUCUACUAUCGAUGGCUGGAAGGGAUUUGGUCAAGUUGCACCGCCUUGUUGAAGUUGUGCAGGACAGGAUCGAGAUGCAGUCAACCUGGGCUGCGACAGCUGCCGCCAAGUUCUACUGUGCACUGCUCGACAGCAUCGACUCAGAUCUCGAACUUGACGUUUCGUUCGGCGACACACUGCUUGGAGAGCGCAUCGUCAUCAAAUACAUCUUGGAUAUAUCUGGAGAUUUCGUUAAUCGCCCAGACUGGGGUACCAAGCCGAUUGCCAUCCUGAAGCUGACCAGGAAUCUCCUAGACAGAUGCUCUCUCUAUGGGCAAUAUGCUAGCGCAGCGGGACUCUUGGCUCAUGGGUUGCUUGAGAGGAUGUCCCAGUCGGUCUACUUGUUCUUCGCAGAUAACUUCGACAUUUUCGCUCUAUUUGCAUACGCGAUGGUCCCUAUCCUCGACGGUACCGAGAGGAACGGCAAUUCCGAGCGGGUGAAUUCUAUGCUGAAAGCUCUCAAGAAGGCGGACUAUGAGCGGACUGAGCUGCAACACUUCCAGAUCGAAGGGCUUUUUAUCUGCCUCGACAGAUCGAAUCUAUAUCGCGAGCAUGAUUCUGUUUCAUCUACACCAGAAUGGGUUUCAAGGGUGGAAUCAGUGCAAAAGAUGGUAAUAAGGCCAAAGGUUGAAGUAAACUUGCCGCUUUUUGCUACCAUGUCGGAUUGGAAACACCCAAGUAUCAGCUGCAUGAUCCAACACGCAUCCCAAGCGAUGAGGAUAGAUGCCCCGCGCUCAACCCAGACCGCUACUCUCGACAUGUUUCAGGCAAUGGUUCAUUCAGAGCACCUCUUUUCCAACAAGAAUCUGCAAACACUUAUCGAGUUCGUUUUCUCCGUUGGACCUGCUCUAGACGGGAUGGCCGAGACUAGUCAGUGCAGUCGGCUGACAUCGCUGCUAGAUGAGCUGAGGUAUAGUCCUACUGAGCGAACUACCACGGACUCGUGUGAUAUCGAAGGCCUUUGUAGGAUCCUGGGUAGAUCAUAUGUGGUUGCCAUCGGAACUUCUUCAAGCAAACCAGUAGGAGAAGGAGCAGAAGAAGAAGAAAAGGCUCUGUAG